CCUUUAUGUCCCAGGACUCAACAUUUACAAUGUCCACACUAUCCGUACUUUCUCUAAAUUGUUGGGGCUUGUUUAUGGUUUCGAAGGAAAGAGAAUUCCGGUUACAUGCGAUUGCCGACUACAUAGCAUCUACCAAUUACGAUGUAGUAGCCCUUCAAGAACUUUGGAUGUGGGAUGACUUUGAAUAUCUUAAAACAGUAGCGGCCAACAAGUACCCAAGUAUAGAAUUUUUCUACAGUGGAGCACUGGGCAGUGGUCUCGCCAUUCUUUCGAAAUAUCCAAUCAUAGAGCAAUCAUACUUUCGCUACGCUCUAUCUGGCCGGCCCCUGAAAGUCUUUCAUGGAGACUUUUAUGUCGGUAAAGGAUGUGGGUCUGUCUGUAUAAACCAUCCAGAAGCUGGCUUGAUCGAUAUUUAUACAACACAUUUGCACGCAGGAUAUGGAAGGCGUAAGGAGUAUGAAGGGCAUCGGAUUACGGAAGCCUGGGAACUUACCAAGCUAUUCAGGUCUUCUGCAGCGUCUGGUCGACAUGUUAUUGCUCUUGGGGAUUUUAACGCUAUUCCAUCUAGCUAUCCGUAUCGACUGAUAACGGAGCAUGGAAAAAUGAGCGACUCUUGGCAAGAAGUGAACGGGCCAAAUAUACCUUCAAGUCUUGAAAUUGAACAAUUAACUCCAGAAGCAGCCAUUCAUGUCCUUGGUGUUACAUGCGACUCUCCUCUAAACAGUUGGUCAAAGCACUUUUUGAAGAAAUCUGCCCAUAAAAAGAAGUAUGGAGACCGCUUGGAUUAUAUUUUCUACGAACGCAGUCCUCAACUGCAAUGUGUCCAAUCAAAUGUCGUCUUGACGGAAACUAUUCCAGGUACUGAAAAGAGCUAUUCGGACCAUUUUGGUGUCUGCUCGACAUUCAAAAUAUCAGCCAAGGUUACACAUGAAGUAGUUAGCAAUAAUUCGCAAUACUCAAACUUGACAAAAGACACACUGGAUGGUAUUCUUGCAACUCUCAGAAGCGAUCAAUAUCAUUCCAAGCGAACCGCGAAAUUUCUUUUGCGACUACUAGCGAUCACGCUAAUUGCCAUCAUAGUUCUUUUUGCGAUCAUCAUUGCCUUGCCGACCAGUCUCAGACUGAAUGACCGUGGUGAUAUUGUUAUCAUUCUCGUCACGAUUUUUGGGCAGAUACUGCUGAUCGCUUCAGCACUCAUUGCACCUGUCGCUCUCAUCGUAGGAUUCGUCUUCGGCCACACCGAGCAGAGAGCAUUAUUGCAAUUCAUCAAGGAACUGGAAACUCUUUUCAAGGUCCUCAAGUCUAACCAUCCAUCAGAAAAUGAUUUGAUCAACAUGACAGACGACGACUCCCCAUCUACAAAUCUAGCAAAACGCACAAACAGUACUUAAAUAGAGAACAUCUACUCUCAUUCAUUCCGCUCAAUUAACGAUAUAGAUAUUAGUUUUUUGUAUU